AUCCAAGUGGAUAUGAAAUAUAUAAUUAAAAAGCAAUUAUUAUUACUGAUGACUAAUUAUGAAAACAAUAUUCUAACUUUUCCACCCUCUCCCUCCUCUUCCUCGUACACAAUUGGUGUCAGGGGCGGACCUAGGCACAAGGGAGGUGUGUCAUCUGACACACCUCCACCCGAAAAUUUUGUGAAAGACCCCUAAUUCGUCGGUACUAAAAUUUUGAUCUCGGCAUUUCCGACACACCUCUGAUCAUUGUAUCCGACACAACUCCAUUGUGUUUAUGGAAAUUUAUUGUCAUAAGUUAUCAAAAUAUAUAAAUAUAAGUUCAGACUAGCGUACGUCCGACCACCGUACACCAAUUGGGUUUUGCUAUUUUGAUAAAUAAUUAACCGGACUUUGGGGCAUGAUCCUAUAUCCUAACCUCUAAUGGGUGAACCCUAAUCCCUAAUUUUCUAACCCAAACUGCAAAAUUUGGUCAAUCUUAAAAUGAAACUCAACAAUAAUUUUGACGAAUCAGAAUCAUUGAUUUUCAUUUUUCAAGAUUAAAUGAUGUUAGGUUAGUGAAUUGGGGAUUGCGGUUCACACAUUGGGGGUUAGAGUAUAAUAUCAUUGUUUAUAAAUGAUUGUUAAGUUGUGUAUAUUGAAAAACAUUUUCUUUGCAGCAUAAGUGAUGAAUGUAUUUUAGAGACAUUUCAGCAGAUGAAAAGUCGUCGUGAUUCGUUGUAAAAUGACAUUGUGAACUUCAUAAAUUAAUUUCUUUUAAUUUAUACUCAAUUUUUUUAUUUAAUUAUUCUUCUAUGUUAGCGGCGACACACCUCUGCAACAAUCCUAGGUCCGCCACUGAUUGGUGUAUGGUUUGAUGGCGCACUCAAGCAUGGCCAAGGGGUAGUAUUGGCUUUGUAGGCUUCCAUGCGACAAGUAGUGUUCUCUUUGCCUUCGAAAAGUAUUAUGAUGGUAUACAAGAUCCGUUUGUAAUGUAAAUUUUAGCUUUAUGGGAUGCCACACACUGGUGUCUAACGCUUUCUUUUUUUUUUCUGUCAAAUUUCAUGGGGGUUCUCAAUAACUAUUCGGCGGAUGGUGAGAGGUGACUUGGCUCAUGAUCGGGGUGGAGCUUCUUUUGAAGGAUGCUUGGAUCUUGGCUUCUCUCUUUCAUUGUGUAUCUUACUGUUUUGUUCCUUGUAAACUCAAUAGGGAUGUCCAUCUUAUGGCACAAAAAACCUUCUCAUCGGGAGCUCGAUUAUUGUGUCGGCUCCAACACUCUUCUUAUUUCUACUGCAUGACCGAAGUUUUAACACCUGACUUCGCAACAAAAAAAAGAAAACUUUUUUACCGUAUACGUGGACGUAUGGAAGUAAUUUUAGACUGAUGUGUUAGUGCUCCAAAUCCAAAACUUCUUUAAUAAAUUUUCGGUUCACCUUUAGUGGUGUAGAGACUAUUUAAGGGUUUCAAACCUGAAACCUCAAGUUCAAAGUUAGUGAUAUACAAGCUUAGCUAUGGAGUCACGCUCUCUAGAGCUAUGAGGUGUUACGGGUUCAGAUUGUGCAUAGUGACAUGCAUUCUAUCGUCUAUAAAGAAUAGUUGAUUGAUCUUAUCUAAACUUAUUCGCCAAACACUUAAAAACAAUACUUUUAUUUCUAGAGAGACUAUGUAUGCAUUAGUAUUACACAUAUUUGCAUAGAGGACUCGUUACUUAAUCCUCUCAUAGCAUCAAUGUCUUGCUCCAAUCUUCUAUAUAUAGCGGCUCUUGAACACACAAGUUACAACACAAAAACAUCCCUCCCCCAACUCCAAAACCUAAACCACCAUGUCAUCAUUCUCUCCACCCUCCGCCGCCGCCGCCGCCUUCCUCCGCCCAUCCCUCCUCCAGCCGAAAAAAUCCGCCUCCCAACUCUCCGCAUACAAAUCCCGAAAACCCUACUCCCCUCACUUCGCAAGAAUCUCAUGCAAGAAGAACUCCUCCACCUCCGACGACGGCAAAGAACCGACCAACAAUGACCAAACCAGUCCCACCACGAGGCGUGACAUCCUCGUGGGAAUGGGCAGCUUAUACGGCGCCGUUUCGUCCCUCUCCGACCCGACCACCGCUCUAGCCGACCCGAUCCAGCCCCCGGACCUCUCCAAAUGCGGCCCCGCCACCGUGGGCGAUGACACCGUGGCCUGCUGCCCGCCCUUCGCCGGGCAGAAGAUCAUCGACUUCAAGUUCCCGUCCCCCGGCGAACCCAUGCGCACCCGACGCGCCGCCCAUCUCGUCGACAAGGCCUACAUCGAGAAAUACGAGAAAGCGAUCUGCCUCAUGAUGGCCCUCCCCGACGACGACCCGCGGAGCUUCAAGCAGCAGGCCGACGUCCACUGCGCCUACUGCAACGGCGCCUAUGACCAGGUCGGCAUAACCCCGUCCGUCGACCUCCAAAUCCACUUCUCCUGGAUAUUCUUCCCCUUCCACAGGUACUACCUCUACUUCUUCGAGCGGAUUUUGGGUUCGUUAAUCGACGACCCGACUUUCGCGCUGCCGUUCUGGAACUGGGAUUCUCCGGAUGGGAUGCAGAUUCCAGCAAUUUUCGCCGACCCGGAUUCGAAGCUGUUCGUCCCGCUCAGGAACCAGAAACAUAUACCCGGGGGAGCUUAUCCGCUUCUGAAUAUGAAUUGGAGCAAACCCGACGAUGAUAAGGCGCUGACUCCGGAGGAGCAGUGGGAUAUCAACCGGCGCGUGAUGCACACGCAGAUGGUGAGCGGGGCGAAGAAAAGGACCUUGUUUUUCGGGAAGCCGUUGAAGGCCGGGGAGGUCCUGCCCGGCGACCGUAGCGGUCAGGGAAGUAUCGAGCGGACCCCACAUGGGAAUAUACAUAUCUGGGCGGGUGAUGACACCCAGCCGAAUCACGAGGAUAUGGGGAAUUUUUAUUCGGCGGGGCGGGACCCACUUUUCUACUCCCACCAUGCCAACGUGGACAGGAUGUGGGACCUGUGGAAGACGCUGGGCCCCAGGAGGACCGACUUCACUGACCCGGACUGGCUAGACGCCGCCUUCUUGUUCUACGACGAGAACUGUCGCCUGGUGAGGUGCAGGAUCGGGGACAGCCUGGAUAACAAGAAGCUGAAGACGGAUUACAACUCCGUCGCUAUUGAGUGGCUCCACUCGAAGAGAAUCCCCAAGAAAACCGGGACGACGAAGGCGGCUCCGUCGAAGACGAGCAAGAAGAAGAGGGAGCUGACCGAUCUGUCUAAGUUCCCCCUGGUGCUGAACAAGGCCAUCAGCGUGGCGGUGCCCAGGCCGAGGAAGAACAGGAGCAAGGCGGAGAAGGAGGAAGAGGAGGAGGUGGUCGUGGUCAAAGGGAUCGAGAUCGACCGGAGCCAGGUCAUCAAGUUCGACGUGGCGCUGAACGAUGACGACGAUGGGGCCCCCGCGGGGCCCCGAGACACGGAGUUUGCUGGCUCGUUCGUCAACGUGCCGCACAGGCAGAAGCCCGGAGCGAGCAAGUUCAAGACGGCGCUGACGCUGGGGAUAACGGAUCUGCUGGAGGAUCUCGGUGCGGACGGGGACGACACGGUGGUGGUGACUCUUGUGCCCCAGGCUGGUGAGCCCCUGAUAGGGGGCCUGAACAUCGAUUACCUUGCUGAUUGACCCAUCCAUCGAUUCUCGCCUUGUGUGUAAACAACAAAUCUCAAUCAUGAGGUCGGUCAUUCUUAUUUGGUUCUUUCGUCUCCAAAUCAACCAGGCUCUGAUACCAUGUCAUAAACCAGUUGGUCCCAAUAACUCGAGUUGUUGGGAGAAGGUUAUGUUGGAUCUUAUACAGGCCCGUGUAUGGUGUUUUACCACUUCCUUACAAAUAAAUAAAUAACAAACCUUUUUCGGUUUCUAUAUCUUGCCAGCCAAUUGGUUUUGUAAUUUAUGUACUAGAGAUCGAUGCUUGCGUGUAUUAUGUAUGUACUUGAACUUGUCAAUUAAGGUUACCUUGUAUGAUACUCUAAUAAAAUUGGCAUCUUUCUUCCUUCAAUAUGACUAUGAAUCACAAUAUGCACGAUCGAAAGAUGCAAACACAAGCUUACAAUAAACCUUGCAUACCUAGUAGCCUAAUUGCUUGUUGAGGUGUUUUGCAAUGGAUCAAUAAUGUUGUAACUUGGUGAUUUUGAUUAUAUAUUUCCCCCAUUAAUUUCAAUCAAGGGGGGACCGCUAAAGACAGAUUACCGCUUGGUCGAAAGCAGCCACUAGCCCAUUGGUUUGAGGAGGAUAGGUUGGAGUGGUCGGGUCCCCAUAUAGAGUGGAAAAAUAGAACCUAAAUUAGAGCUCCGGCCGCCCAUGUGCCCCGGCGGCUACUCGAACAUUUUUUUGUUUUAUAUUGAGAGUAGGGCUGGCUAUUUGGUCCCGUACUGUUUGGUUUUACCCGAAAUCGGACCGUAUAACUCGGACCGGGAUCGGACUGGGACCGGAUAGCAAACAAUGCAAUCUCAUAUUCGGGCUUAGAUUUGAGGUAAAAACCCAGAUAAAGACCGGAUAAGAGACCCCCAACACCUAAAAUCAAGAUAAAAUUGGGACCGGACCGGAUCAAGACCAGACUGUAUCCAAUCCAAUCUUUGGUCCUUAUAUUCCCGAAAAGACCGGACUGGGAUCGGAUUAAUUUGGUCCAAUUUAACCGGACCGGACCGUAUAGCCACCCCUAAUUGAGAGGGCCGAAAGCCGGACUAUGGUUGAGAGAGAGAUUUAAGGCAUGACAAUGAGUUAGAUUUAUUGGAUGAUUUAAAUCGAUUCUUAUGGUUUAUAUGGAUUUUGGGUCGUAUUCAAAUAGAUUUACAUGUAUUUUUAGUGAUUUUGGGUUUGAUUCGAUUUGAAUUGGAUUCAAUUUAGUUCAACUCGUUCAUAUUAGUUCCAAAUAGUCUUUUUGAGUCCAGGUAAUCGUACACACAUCAAGGAAAUUUGGGUAAACUUCCUCAUCGACUACUUCAACCGAGUUACACAUUUGAUGUAGGUGUUCGACCUUUUUGUUCAUUUCUUAACAAAAAAAAAAAGGCAAAAUUUACAUUGAAUCGGGGAUCUAUUUCUUUUUUUGGCACCAAAUACUAUAACUGCAAUUUUGACCUAAACUAAAAAAUUGGAUAUAAUGGGUCUAUGCAAAAUUAAAUCUCAUAAGACUUUUAUUUGUGGAGCACAUAAACAAGUGAUUAAGAUCAAUACCCAAUAACUCGAGUUAUUAAUACUAAAAAUAAUGUAUAAGAAUGAAUAGCAUAUUAUUUG